AUGUUCGGGCAAUAUCCUCUAACAGUUCCAACUUUUUUGCAACCACUCAUUCAAGCAUGGUCUGUCUGGAUCACGACUACAUUUUUCUCAAUCCCAGUGGCCUUCGUUUACAUUUUUUGGGAUUUCCCAUCUUGGUUAUUGAAUGCAGUCUUACCAUCACCAGAGGAACCCAGAGUUAUUUUGAUCACGGGAGCAAGUUUUGGAAUUGGUGCGGAAUUGGCUAAAACGUACGCUCGCCGUGAGCGUCUAGAAAAAGUGAAAGAUCAAUGCAAAGCAAACGGCGCAAAUGUUGAAAUUUUAGAGUGUGAUAUUUCAAAGAUUGAGCUUUUGAUUCAAACUUUGGAUGAUUUUGAUAAAAGACACCCCAUUGAUUUGGUUUUCGCGAAUGCAGGUCAAGCGGGUGUCACUAUAGAUGAGCAGAAAAGAUGGGAAGAUUUGUGGGAAAGAGUUAUAGAAGUUAACCUGACUGGUACCGUUGCCACAAUUAUGACAGUCUUCAAAAGAAUGAAACGUCGUCGUAAAGGUCAAAUUGCAAUCACAUCAUCCAUUGUUGGUUAUUUUUCUGUCCCACAAAUGUGCUAUUACAACGCCACCAAAGCAGCACUAAAUUCGUUCGGACGCGAUCUUCGCUACCUCGGGCAAUCCUACAACAUCAAAGUAAACGUGAUCAAUCCCGGAUUUAUCGCCUCGCAAAUGACUUUGGACCAGGCUCAACCAUUGCCAUUUUCAUCUCUUCUAUUGGCUAGUCCAAUGAAACUCGCCAAUAUUAUCAAAUGGCAAUUACACCAAAAUAACAAUUUAAUUAGUUGGCCAUUCUUUGAAUUUUUGCCUGCUUUCGCAGCGAAUGCUUUACCGCCUAGAGUAUUAGAUACUGUUAGUUUUGUCAUUGGUCGUAUUUGGGGAUACGUCUCACAGGUUGGUGAUCGAGCUUUCACUUAG